AUGAGAGCAGUCGAUCUCGAUGAGCCCAUCCAACAUGGUGGAGACAUCAGUGUCAGGACGAACGGGUCCAGCCACCCAGCCAGCAAUGGAGCCGCCCAUCACCAGCAGGAACCCUAUCCGUAUCCUCCUCCGAUGCCAAUUGCAAUCUGCGGCAUGUCAUGCCGACUCCCCGGGGGUAUAGAGUCCCCCCAGCAGCUCUGGGACUUCCUGCUAAGCAAAGGCGAUGCCCGCUCCCGAGUCCCCCCCUCGCGUUAUAACAUCGACGCCUUCUACUCCGCAGCAGACCGGCCAGGCACGAUCAAGACCCAAUACGGGUACUUCCUAGAUCGCGAUCUAGCCUCGUUUGACGGCUCGCUAUUCAGCAUAUCUCCGAUGGAGCUUGCACGGUGCGAUCCCCAGCAGCGUCUGUUGCUCGAGGUCGCACGGGAAUGCAUCGAGGACGCGGGCGAGACGGACUGGAAGGGGCGGCGCAUCGGCGUGUACGUGGGGAGCUUCGGUGAGGACUGGAACGAGAUUCUCGAUCAUGAUGAGCAGCAGUAUGGGGUGUACCGGCUUGCGGGCUCCGGGGACUUUGCUCUCUCAAACCGCGUCUCGUACGAGAUGGAUCUGCGAGGGCCCAGUAUGACUAUCCGAACUGCAUGCUCAUCGUCCCUGGUCAGUCUCCACGAAGCGUGUCUCGCCCUCGCGCGCGGUGACUGCGAGUCAGCGAUUGUUGCGGGUUCGAGCUUGAUAAUGACGCCAGCAAUGACGAUCAAGCUCUCUGAACAAGGUGUUUUGUCUCCGGACGGAUCCUGCAAGACAUUCUCAUCGGAUGCCAAUGGGUAUGGGCGCGGGGAAGCCGUCAAUGGCCUUUUCAUCAAGCCUCUGGCAGAUGCCCUCAGAGACGGCAACCCCGUCCGAGCUGUGAUCCGAGCAGCGGCCACAAACCACGACGGCAAGACGCCUGGAAUGGCUUAUCCGAGCUUGGAAGCACAGGAGGCACUCAUUAGACAUGCUUACAGGCUUGCCGGGAUUUCAGACCCGUCGGACACGGCGUUUGUUGAAUGCCAUGGCACCGGGACACUGGUCGGUGACCCUGUCGAAACCAAUGCCGUAGCCAGGGUGUUUGGCAAUCCAAGAGGGACGUAUAUUGGCUCUGUGAAGCCUAAUCUCGGCCAUUCAGAGGGCGCAUCCGGCCUCACCUCCGUCAUCAAAGCCGUCCUGGCACUGGAGCAUCGCACAAUCCCCCCGAAUAUCAAAUUGGGAGUGCCGAAUCCGAAGAUCCCAUUCGAGUCCGCGAGGCUGGCGGUUCCUGUAGACCCAACACCGUGGCCGUCGGACGUAUCGGUGGAACGAGUGUCUGUUAACUCGUUCGGAAUCGGUGGGAAUAACGCCCAUGUUAUAUUGGACUCAGCAGCCAGCCACGGUGCAGCUCCCUCUCUGGAAGAAUCCGGCGACACACCACAGUUACUUGUCUACUCAGCUGGUUCCUCUGAUUCCCUUGGUCAGACUAUAGAUGAGCACGCUGCAUAUCUGAGCCAGUACCCCGAGCGUAUUGAAGACCUAGCUUUCACUCUGGCUAAUCGACGCCAACACCUCUCCCACCGGGGCUUCGUCGUCUCCAGCAGGGAGAAACCCGGCACGCCAUCACGAUCCACGCAGAGACAGGGUACCGUCCCCUCCAGCGUAGUCAUGGUUUUCACCGGCCAAGGUGCCCAGUGGCCGCAAAUGGGCCGGGCUCUCUUUAGGUCCAACAGGACUUUCAGAGCGUCUAUCGAGAACCUGGACAAGCAUCUGAAAAGCCUUGGAGAGAAUGGCCCUGGCUGGACCAUCGAGGCAGAGCUGCGCAAGCCUGCCAGACGUAGCAGACUCGACGCUGCAGAGCUGUCACAGCCGCUCUGUACGGCCCUCCAGAUUGCCCUCGUCGACAGCCUAGCUUGCAUCGGUGUUACUCCCGACGCAGUUGUCGGCCACUCUAGUGGCGAGAUCGCCGCGGCGUACGCAGCCGGGGCUCUGACAGGCCCAGAGGCAAUAACGGCUGCAUACCAUCGCGGAAUUGUAGCCAAUAAGCAAUCAAGGGCUGGGGCCAUGGCUGCUAUUGGCUUGGGUGCGGCGGAUGUGCAGGCAUUCCUGCUCCCUGGCGCCGGUGUUGCCUGUGAGAAUUCACCUCGAAGCGUCACUAUAUCUGGCGACAGAGAUCAGGUCGAGGCUGUUGUUUCUGCCGUUCAAGCAUCACGCCCGGGUGUUCUUGCUCGUCUCCUCAAGGUCGACAAGGCAUACCACUCGUACCAUAUGGCCGAGGUGGGCACCGAAUACUACCGCCUCGUCGGCCCAAACGUGCGUGGGCGCUCUCCAAGCAAGCCCUUCUUCUCCAGCGUUACAGGCGAUCUUCUGGAAGCAUCGGACGUGCUCGAUGCGAGGUACUGGCAACGCAACCUCGAGUCUCCGGUUCUCUUUGCCAGAGCUGUCUCCCGCAUCACGGAUCAUCCUGUGGGCAAGAGUCCAGUGUUUCUCGAGGUUGGCCCGCAUUCUGCUCUGGCUGGCCCCGUUCGCCAGAUCCUCGCAGACCGGUCAGUGUCGGCGCCAUAUGUCUCGACGUUGCUGCGCGGUGGUAACUGCACAGAAUCCUUCCUCUCGGCCAUUGGAACACUGUUUACCCUGCACAUUCCCAUCGACUUCGGGGCUAUGCAUCCGAGUGGAAGCUGCCUGUCUGGAUUACCCCGGUACUCCUGGAAUCGUCAGAACAGGUAUUGGGCUGAGAACCGUGUCGCCCACGACUGGCGCCACCGGCAGUUCCCCAGCCAUGACCUGUUGGGCCUGCGUGUCAUCGAGAGCCCUGACUUCACACCCGUAUGGCGUAAUGUAUUUCACCUUGACAAUGCUCCUUGGGUGCGUGACCAUAAGGUCGGCGAUGAUGUUGUCUUCCCUUUCGCUGCAUAUGUGGCCAUGGCUGGCGAGGCAGUGCGGCAAAUCAGCGGCGUCCCGGACGGCUUUACUGUACGCAGCGUGCAGGCCAGCAUGGCACUCGUUGUUUCUGAGGGCACGCCCGUGGAGAUCGUGACUGCAAUGUGGCGUGGUGAUUCUGAUGGCUCCUGGUGGCGAUUCACCAUCGGCUCGCACAACGGGGAUACGUGGAUAGAGCACUGCACAGGCCAGGUGGCAGCUCUCCAAUCGUCCCUGGGCCACAGCGCAGACUCUAUGCAGACUCUUCCCCGUGGGGUGCCUACGCAUAGUUGGUACAAUGUUCUCCGACGCGGAGGCCUCGACUUUGGUCCGCGAUUCCAGUGCCUCGACGACAUCCGGGCAUCAACCACUGGGUCUCCAGGUUGGUCUGCCGCAACAAUCCACCAGACAGCGGACGACACAGCAGAGCCCUAUCAUCAGCAUCCUGUCGCCAUCGACGCUGCUUUACAACUGGCUGUCUGUGCUGCGGCGUACGGAAUCGGCCUUAAGCACCGGAACAACGUGGCAACUCGCGUUGGCGAGCUGGCGAUUCUUCGCGGUGCUCAGAGCUCCCUUGUUGGCGUUGUGUCCGGAUCCUUCACCAAGGAUGGCUCUGUUCGUGGCAGUGGUCACUGCAUGGCAGGUAACCAGAUCGUAAUGCGUAUGUCCGGCGUAGAGCACACGGUCUUGGAAGCCCCUCGGAGGGAGGACUCGCAUGCUGCAGCUCAGGUAACAUGGGGAUUGCAUAUCGACCAUGCGGAUCCAAGGAGCCUGAUCAGACCUGCGGGCGAGGCCCGAUACCAUCUAAACGCACUGAAUGAGUUGGCCCAGCUUUGUAUUCGGCACUCGUGGACUUCUAUAUCCAACGUCGAAACACCUGCACCGCUUCUCAAGUACAGAUCCUGGAUCGAGGGCCAGGCGAGCACCACAGCUUCAGCAGAACAGUUUCUCGCUGGCACUGAACAAAGUCUCUACCAAAGAAUACAGCAUUGUGUGCAUUAUCUCAUGCAGACCCCAGCGGCCUCUGCGGCUCGUGCUCUCCUCGACGUCAAGGAAGUCCUGGGUGAUAUAUUUGCAGGGCGUGUGGAUGCCCUGGAUGUAAUGAGUGACCGUGAUAUCGACGGAAGACUGUAUGAACUGCUCGACCAUUCAUUCGACACUGCUCCGUUUCUCGCUGCCCUCGCCCACACUCGACCCAAUCUGCGAGUCCUCCAGCUCGGGGCCGGCAAAGGCAGAGCCACACCGAAGAUCCUCAAGGCGAUAGGGUCGUCGCUGUACAAAUACACGUUCUCCGACCUGUCGUCCACCCACUUCAAGGAGGUUAAAGACCAUCUCAAAGGCCUAGCCAACCUCGAGUUCUCUGUUCUGGAUGUCGGGAAGCCUCUGGACGAGCAGGGGUUCGCGGACGUACAGUAUGACCUCGUCAUUGCCACGGACCUGGGCCAUCUUACCAACGAUCUGUCGCGCGGUCUGGAGAAUAUACAUUCGCUGAUUUCCCCGGGUGGAAGACUUAUACUGCAGGAGCUAUCUCCCUCAGCGCAUUGGCUCACUUAUGCUCUAGGCCUGCUGCCCCAAUGGUGGUCGGCGACGCUCUUAGACGAGAGUGAAUGGCAGAAGAAUCUACAGCAGGUCGGCUUUACGAAUGUACAAACGGUCUCCGACGUAGACGACACUGAAUCCCAAUUCGGUGUGGCUCUGAUCGCUCAACCAGGGGAGCAUGUUCCCUCGCGGGGAGCCAAGAAGGUGACUCUGCUUGUUCGCAAUAAAGAGGCAUCAGACAAGUUCAAUAUAAUAUCCAAGAAGCUUGAGGGGCAGCAGGUCGCAUUCUGCACACUAGAUGACAAUCCACCAGCCGAGGGCGAUAUAAUCUCCCUGCUAGACCACGAUGGCAGUUGCUUCCUCGAGGGUCUCUCAUCGGAUAUCUUUGCUCGCCUCCAGGAGUUCCUGGGGUCUCUAAGCAGCGACGUGGGCAUCUUCUGGCUCAUCCCUGAUGUGUUCAAAUAUCCACAAUACGCACAGACGCAGGGCCUUGCACGAGUAAUGCGUUCCGAGCUCGGAAUCGACUUUGCUGUCUGUGAAGCUGAUGGCUUUGAUAACACGGUACUGACUGUGUUUGAGCGGUUCCAAGCCCGCCGUAAAGCCCCUGAAGCAGGGAUUUUGCAGCCAGAUAUGGAAUACGCCAUCCGUGAAGGUCAGGUCUACGUUCCUCGCAUAUAUCCAUUCUCCCUUGUAGAGCACCAAGGCAGAUCACAGCUUGAGGAGAACACCAUUGCCUUGACCACAGCAAGGCCGGGACUACUGUCAGCUCUGCAGUGGGAGCACCGUCCUCUGCCAUCAUUGGGGGCUGGAGAUGUAGAAAUUGAAGUAUACUCAGUGGGACUUGAUUACCGCGAUAUAUCCCUGGCCAUCGGAUCCAUAGAGCUCUCCGCCAGCGACGACUUUGGGCUCGGACGCCAGGCAGCAGGUGUCGUUCGUCGGGUUGGCGAUGGGGUGGAAAACCUCGAGGUCGGGGACCGCGUUAUGGCCCUGGGACAAGGGACUCUCGCAUCUUCUACUGUGCAGCCAGCGUCCCAGUGCAUCAGAGUUCCGGAGCGACUUGGACUCAACGACGGGGCCCUUGUGCCCAUGGCCUUUGUGACGGCAAUGUAUGCCUUGCGCCAUGUCUCUCGUCUCGCGGAAGGCCAGUCCGUCCUAGUUCACAGUGCAUGCAGCCGCCUUGGGCUUGCUGUAGUGAAGGUCGCACAAUUCCUGGGCGCCACCGUCUUUGCAACGGUCGAUGAUGACGAGCAAGCAGAACGACUCGUGCGAGACUUCCAUCUCCCCCCUGGAUGUAUAUUCCAGACAUCUAUUCCCAACCUUCCAGGCGGGAUGCAGGUGGACGUUGUGCUUAACCCACCCCUUGGGCAGCCAGUCUGCGUCGCCGAGUUUGGCAUUGUGAUUGAAACAGAACGAUCAAAGGCCCAGAGAGUGCCUGACAUAAACCAAGCAUUGCCGGAAAACUGCAGCUAUUAUUCUGUGGAUAUCGACCGUAUCCAAGCGUGUAAGCCGCAGCUGAUCAAGGAGCUGCUCAGUGAUGUUUCAGGCUUAUUAUCCCAAGACAUUCGGCGCAGCGAGUCACCAACGGUUUUUGAUGCAUCUCAUGUGCAGGAUGCCUUUGCACACCUACAAAGCGCUCCCGCAAGCGAUGUCGUCCUUGAGCUGCAUGGGUCCAAUGGCCCUGGACUUUCUGCUGAAAACGCCGUCAAACGGCCAGGUGCACCCAAAUUUGAUUCCCGCGCAUCGUAUCUUCUGGUCGGUGGGCUCGGUGGUCUCGGGCGCUCCAUCUCGAUAUGGAUGGUCGAGCACGGUGCGAGGCACUUGGUCUUCCUGUCGCGCAGUGCUGGUCAGAGAUCAGAAGAUCAGUCCUUUCUUAACGAGCUCGCCACAAUGGGCUGCGACGUCCAGCUGGUCCAGGGCGAUGUCUCGGAACCAGAAGUUGUAUCCCGCGCUGUCCAGGCGGCUUCAGCCACUGCACCCCUGAAGGGCAUCCUGCAGAUGUCGAUGGUGCUGCGAGACGAAGCAUUCUCUAAAAUCAGCUGGAAUGACUGGCAGGAGUCGACGAAGCCCAAGACCCUCGGAACUUGGAAUCUGCACAACGCCACGCUGGCGGCGGGCAUCACGCUGGACUUCUUCACGCUGUUUAGUUCCAUCUCUGGUGUGAUCGGGCAGCCUGGCCAGGCCAGCUAUGCGUCUGCAAAUGCGUUUCUUGACGCAUUCUGCGCUUACCGGCAGGAAGCUGGCCUAGCUGCAUCUGUGAUUGCCUUUGGCCCUAUUGAUGGCAUCGGCGUUUUCUCCCAGAACGAGACAUUGCUUCGCCAGUUGAAGGACAGUGGGUUCUACUGUAUCGGGGGCCUGGAAGUCCUGGAGGGUUUGGCAGUUGCCACUGCAUCUGCUUCCUCUCCCUCCCAAUCUACAGCUCCGGCUGCCUUUCUCCUUGGCUUCGACUCUACGAUUCCACUAGACAGCGAGAAGAACCGCCUCAUCUGGCGUAGGGAUCCACGUAUGGCUAUCUACCACAACCGCCGGGGUGCCGGGUCUGGAGGAGGAUCAUCAGGCGGAGUAUCCGGUAGCGACCGUCUCAAGGCCUUUGUAGCCGAUGCGCGCAGGGAGCCAGGUAUGCUGGAAACUCCAGAGACGGUGGAGCUGCUUGCACACGAAAUCGGACUCAAAGCGCUGAGUCUGCUGUCCAAGGCCGACGAGGAGCUGAACACAUCGCUGAGCCUUGCGGACCUUGGGAUGGACUCGCUGGUCGCCAUCGAGAUGCGGAUGUGGUGGAAACAGACUUUCCAGCUGGAUAUCAGCGUGCUGGAGAUGAUGGGCAAGGGCUCGGUCGAGGCUCUUGCUAAGCAUGCUGCUGCUUCGCUGAAGAAAAGCCUGGAGUAG